AUGUAUUCCAAGGUCAUCAUCUUCCUUUGCGCUGCGGGUAUUGCGUCCGCUGGUAACCUAUUGCACGGGGCUCCAGCAAUCGCAUACAGCGCCCCAGCAACUUCAGUGUCCUACUCUACUACCACAACAUCUCACGGUGCACCUGUAGCAGCAUAUGCCGCAGCGCCCGUCGCUACAUACGCUGCUGCUCCAGUAGCAUCCUACGCUGCACCUGUCGCUACAUACGCCAGAUCCUACGCCGCCCCAGCCGUAGCUUACUCCGCACCUGCCGUCGCAUACUCCGCACCCAGUGUUUCAUACCAAUCGGUACAGUCAACUCACGCAGCACCAGUUUACGCUGCGGCUGCUCCAGUUGUUGCCAGAACUUACGCUGCUCCCAUUGCUAGGGCUUACGCAGCUCCAGUUUACGCGAGAUCGUAUGCCGCUGCUGCUCCCCUUGUGACUAGAACAUACGCUGCCGCCGCACCUGUAGUAGCUAGGACUUAUGCUGCACCAGCGCUCGCUGCGUAUGCUGCACCUGUUGCCCGUAUUGCCGCGCCUUCUGUAUCUUACUCUUCUGUGGCAACUCACACUGCUCCAGUAGCUACUUAUGCCGCUCCCGCCUACGCAUCGUACGCUGCUGCCCCGGCUUACUCCGCAUACGCUGCCCCAUCCUACUCAUACGCUGCACCAGCUGUAGCCUACGGCGGUUUGGGAGCUCACGGUUGGUAA